AUGUGCUGUUACAAGAAAUCGCCUUGCGGUCGGCAAGUUAUUCAUCAUUGGGUUCUGAACCUUGCGCACCCUAAGGACAUACCGAGGGGUACAAUGAUGGACAGAUUCAAGGGUGGUAUUGUGCUAGAGUCGGCUGAACAGCAAGAAGCCGAACGUUUGCGCGAACGCAAUCGUGUUGCCAAGCGGGCUUCAAGAGCACGGCAGAAGCAGCUUGAGAAUAAUGAGACUGCUCCGUUGAGAUCUAAAACAUGGCGAAAAGGACUGCCCGAACGCACAUUCCCCCAGCCAUCGUCGGUCCCUCCCACCGCCGUGGAUGCGGCUAUCCUACAAUCCUAUCAGGCUCCAGGAUCGAUAUCUGGGCCAACGCAUGACGGGCUUAACUGUCGCAGUGUCAUCAAUAACACUUCAGAUGAGGACUGGAUCCAAUUUGACAGCUCAGCGGCACUUCUUGAACCUUCAGCCAUACUGUGGGAUAACCUACCAGUCUCCACCAUGGAUGAUCAUAGCCUAGGGGUCUCGCUUAAUAGCCAGCAUGCCAUGGUAUCGUCAUCGGGGAUCACCCACACAUCGCCAUAUCAGUCAGGCGAUUCAUCGAUACCAUCGCCAGUUGGCGCGUCAACAGACCUGGUCCAACUUCGAAAUCCCACCGGUGCCAACAAUUCUUCCAUGCUGCUUCAUAUUGCUGUUCGAGAUGGAACCAAGGGCAUAGUUUCGUCGUUAAUCAAAGCUGGUGCAGAUGUCAAUUCACUCGACGCGUCAGGUUCCUCUCCCCUUCACGUAGCGGUUGAACUUCGGCGACUGGGCGUUCUGGAACUUCUGGUGAAAAACGGCGCAAAUAUCAAUGCUCGCAAUGGGGCGCACAUGACACCACUGGAACUUGCAGUAAGGGCGCAGGACGAACAGACCGUUGACGUACUCUUGUCGAGCGGCGCUGAGUUGUAUUAAAAAGCAGGUGGGAAAGGAGGGGGUUUGAGUGGAGAAGGUUGAGGAGCACAUUGUGUGAUUAUCCGAUCUUGUUGUCCUGAAAUCCUAGAUGCAACGUCUUCUAUGCAUGAUUUCUUGGCACAACAUUACAGAUCGCUCGUUGUUUAACUCUUGGUACUUGAAGUGUCCAAAUAGAUGUGUGGCGGUAUUGGCGCAUCACC